AUGAAAUACGUGCCACGAAAGAUUAAAGACAAAUAUGAAAUACUUGGUCUUAUUGGUGAAGGUGCGUACGGCGUUGUUCUUAAAGCUCGAAAAAAAGAUUCAAACACACUUGUUGCCAUAAAAUAUUUUAAACAAGCUCCUGGAUAUCAUACUGAUGCUGAUGUUAUUGAACGUGAAUUAAAAAUUCUUCAAUCACUUCGAUUUAAAAAUGUUGUAGAAUUAAUUGAAUGGUUUCGUGAUAAGAAACGAUGUUGUCUUGUAUUCGAAUAUGUCGAAUGGAAUAUGUUACAAGUUUUACAAGAACAUCCUGAAGGUCUAUCAUUGGAUCAUGUACGUCGAUUAUCAUAUCAAUUAUUUAGUGCUAUUCAUUGGUGUCAUAAACAUGAAAUAAUUCAUCGUGAUAUUAAACCAGAAAAUUUACUUAUAUCAGAAAAUUUUAUUUUAAAAUUAUGUGAUUUUGGUUUUGCUAGAUUUUGUAAUACAAAAUCAAUGGCUGAUUAUUAUACUGAUUAUGUUGCUACACGAUGGUAUCGAUCACCGGAAUUACUAGUCGGUUCACCAUAUGGAAAACCAGUUGAUCUAUGGGCAUGUGGAUGUAUCAUGGCUGAACUUAAAACUGGUCAAGCAUUAUUCGCUGGAGAAAGUGACAUUGAUCAAUUAUAUCGCAUUCAAAAAUGCUUAGGAUCAUUACCAGCAAAAUAUAUGUUAACAAUGAAUACAAAUCCAAAAUUUCAAGGCUUAAAAUUUCCUCCUAUUCAUCAUUUAGAUACAUUAGAACAACGUUUUGGACAUUUAUUUCCGUCGGAUAUUAUGCAUUUAUUUAAAAAUACUUUACGUUUAUAUGCUGCUGAUCGUUUAACAGCUGAAAAAUGUAUUGAACAUGAAGCUUUUCUAUAUUUAAAUCAAAAUGGUUUUCAACAACAAUAUCAUCAAUCAAAAAUGACUUAUGGUUCAGCAAACGCAUCUCUAUAUGAAAUUCAUCAUAACAAUGAAAUAGUGAACUGUACGAUUCCAUCUGUUGAUAAACAUUAUAGCAAAUUAAAUGAUGAAAAUAAUGAAACUCAAAUUCAACGUCGAUUUUCACCAUUAAAUAUCAACAGUAAAAGUAUUGAUCAUCUAAAUGAUAUUUCGUCUGCUGUUUCAUCUUCUAUUAAUCAACAAAUACAAUAUCAUAGUAGUACACAAUUAACUGAUCGAUCAACAACAUCUUAUCGUCGUCAACCAAAACUCAUACGCACACAAUCAAGUGAUGAACAAUUAAAUCAAUUUUCUAUUUUUAGUCCAAGAAGUUCAAAUAUUACAACCGAUUAUAAUGAUCUCGAUGAUUCUAAGAAUAUUCUAUCGCGAAAACAAUAUCUUAAAAGUCCUCAAUCAAUACCAUCUUCAACACGACAAGAAGCAUUGCUUGAACAACAAUUAUCUACAUCUUCUACAUUAAAUUAUGCUUCAAAUGGAAUUCUAUUAAGAUCUAAACAACAAGAACAUUCAACAAAUAUUUUACAAACAUUAUCAAAAAAGAUGGAUAAAAAAUUCAAACGAUAUAGUUUAGAUCAAUAUCAAACAGUCUCCAAUAAACAACAACAAACAUCAGAAUUCAACAUCAAUCGAUCAUCAAUGGCUUUUAUGCCAAGUCAAAAAACGAAUAUAUAUGCAAGUCAAACAAAUAAUAAUCAAAAUGUAUCAAUGUCAUAUCAGCAAAUACAAGAUGAAUUUAAUAAUGAAUUACAAGAACCACGACCUACGCCUCGUGAAAUUAAUCAAGACUUUUUUCGUAGUCGAACAGUUGAUUAUCAUUCACCUAGAGACACAACACCUAUUCCUCAACGAACAUCUUCACGACAAACUCAAUAUCAAAUAGUGUCAGAUUUGAUAGAUCAAGUUGAUAAUGACUCAACAGUUCCAACAACAUAUAAAACUAGUCGUAAUUUUGAACAACAACUAAAUCAGAAAUAUCCAUGGAUUUCCGAACAACGAAGAUCUAUUUAUGGUAGUGAUAGUUAUUUAAUUAGUUCGAAUGGACAUAAUUCAUGUUUCAACCGACCAUUUUAUUCUCCAAAACAAAAUGAUUAUAUUCAUAUGAAUAAAACAACCAUAGUUUCUGAACAAGAACCAGCUCAUGAUCUAAUCAAAUCAACUAAAUUAUCAUCAAAACAAAACCUGGUUUCUUAUCCUAAAACACCAAUGGAUUCAAAUAGAAGACAAAAAUCAAGUACCAAUUCAUUUGGCGUUUAUCCAUCUCCUCGAAUGACUCCAUCACAUCUUGCUAAUGGUAUAAUAUCACCAUCAUAUCAACGACAACAAUCUAUUCGAUUUUUAAAUAACAAAUCUCGUCAUGAUGACAAUUAA